AUGCAUACAUAUCUAUGCUUGAUCUUAAGUUCCAACAAUUUGUUCAAAUUCAAAGGGUUCAGGUUUAAUCCUCCGACGACGAAGAUGAAGCUGUCGAAAGAGAAGUUGAGUAAGUUGUUUGGGAAGUUGAAGCCAUUUUUGGCUAUGGUAUUUCUACAAGCAGGCUUUGCUGUAAUGGACAUCAUUUCUAAAGCUGCAAUGAAUCAAGGGAUGAGCAAUUUCGUGUUCGUCGUUUAUAGACAUGUUUCCGCCACCAUCAUCACGGCGCCCAUUGCCUUCGUCGCGGAAAAGAAUAUAAGGCCAAAGAUGACCCUCACUGUGUUUGGCAAGCUCUGUCUUCUUGGCCUUCUUGACCCAGUGAUCUGCCAGAAUCUGUAUUUUCUAGGGAUGAAAUACACAACUGCUACCUUUGCUGCUGCUUUGUCCAAUGUUCUUCCAGCCAUAACAUUCCUCAUGGCAUGGCUAUUCAGGAUGGAGAAGGUGAAGUUAACCAAAAUGCGUAGCCAAGCCAAGAUGGUCGGGACACUUGCGACAGUUGCCGGAGCCAUGAUCAUGACACUGGUGCACGGUCCGAACCUCAACUUACCAUGGACAAAACCUGAGGCAGCCAAGGCAGAGCCGCACGGGCGACUGAGUCUCGAGCAAUCAAUCAAGGGUGCUCUCAUGACUUAUCGAUACACAUAA